UAGCACAUGCCUUUAAAAGACUUCACUGCAGGCGUUUGUUGAGUAUUUUUGUUGAAAUAUAAUUGAGUAGUAAACUCUAAUAUUUAACACAAUUUGUUCAACAUAACAUUAUAGCUUAAAACACAACAUCAGUGAAAAUAUUAAAUUCAAUUUUCAGAAAAAUGACGUCUUUAAAAUAUCUUUUACUUCUACUUUUCUUUACCAUUGAUCUAGUAAUCGGUGUACCACCUUUUACCAAAGAACAACGGUUAAAGGUAAAUGUAAUUAUGAAAAGAGUAAUACAAGAAGUGGAAAAAUCUGGAAUGAGAGAAAGAGGAUUAUACACUAUUGAUGGUGAUGUACUUGAAAUGAAAAAAUUGGCCAAAGAAUCUCUUAAUCCAUUCAAGGAUAUAUCGCCAUAUGAUAUUCACGUAAUGACAUUCUGUCUCAAAGCAGUAAUAGGGAAUUUGCAGCCAUCACUUAUCGAUGAAGCAACAUUCAAUCAACUCUCAGAUGCCUUGGAAAUUGAAAAUUCGGAAGAAUUAAAAGAUAAAAUGAAAGAAAUAUUAUAUGACCUUCCGCAAGAAAUUCGUUACACUCUUGCUUAUUUAAUGAGACAUUUGAAAAAAGUAGUGAAACUACAGGAGAUAAACGGAAUGACACCGAAGAUAAUUGCUAAUGCCUUUAGGUUAUCUUUAAUGCAUUUUAAACCUGAUGAACAAAGAAUGCGUGACAUUGAUCCAAAAAAAAUUAAGAUUAUUAAGAAACUUUUGGAAAUUCCAUCAAGUUUUUAUAAGGAAUUGAAGAAUCCUGAAUCGGUCUUUUAUUUUCUUGCUCCUGAGGAUAUUGAAUCCGCUAGUGAAAUCUCAGAUGAAGAACAAGAAGGCGCUUCGGUUACUGCUGGUCCUUUGGAUUCAAAUGAGCCAUCAGGUAUGACAAAAUAUACAAAUUUGAAGAGAUUGAUAGAAGCAGUGGAAAAGAUUGGAAUUAAACAAAAAGGAUUAUAUUCUGACGACGAUGAGUCAAAUGAAAUGGCAACGUUGCCAAAAGAUUGUCUUGUUUCUAACACAGAUAUAUCGCAAUAUGAUGUUCGUGCAAUGGCAUUAUGUCUCCAAAGAGAAUUAAGGCGUUUGAACCCAUCACUUAUCGAUAGAGCAACGUUUAAAAAAUUACUAGUUGCUGCAAGAUUAAAAAAUUUAAAAGAAUUGGAAAAUGAAAUGUCAAAAAUAUUAUCUGAACUUCCGCAAGAUAUUCGAAAUACUCUUGCUUAUUUAAUUAUACAUUUAAAAAAAGUAGUGAAACUGCACGCGGUAAACAAAAUGACUGAGAAGAAAAUUGCUUCCAUUUUUUCACUUAUUCUGAUGCAUUAUGCAGGUGAAGAAAGGUUGUUAGCUGAUGCCGACAGAGAGAAGAUCAUUAGAAUAUUUUUGAGAAUUCCUUCAAGUUAUUGGAAGACAUUGAUAAAUUAUGAAUCGACUAACAAUGAAUCUACAAAUUUAGGGGAAGAAGAAGGUGCCUGGGGUGGUGCUCCUCGUGAAGAAUUUUCAGCUUCAAAUGAGCAACCAUCUAUGACACAAUAUACAAAUUUGAAGAGAUUGAUAGAAGCAGUGGAAGAGACUGGAAUGAAACAAAAAGGAUUAUAUUCUGACGAUGAUAAAUCAAUUAAAAGGAUAAAUUUGCCAACAGAUUGUCUUGAUCCAACAACGGAUAUAUCGCAAUAUGAUGUUCGUGUAAUGACAUUAUGUCUCCAAAGAGAACUAAGGCGUAUGGAACCAUCACUUAUCGAUAGAGCAACGUUUAGCAAAUUAAAAGUUCUUUUAAACUUUCAAAAAUUAAGUCAAUGGGAAUAUGAAAUCUCAAAAAUAUUAUCUAAACUUCCUCAAGAUAUUCGAAAUACUCUUGCUUAUUUAAUUAUACAUUUAAAAAAAGUAGUGAAACUGCAGGAGAUAAAUAAAAUGACUGAGGAGAAAAUUGCUUCCAUUUUUUCACUUAUUCUGAUGCGUUAUCCAGGUGAAGAAAGCUUGUUAGUUCAUACCGACAGAGAAAAGAUCAUUAGAAUAUUUUUGAGAAUUCCUUCAAGUUAUUGGAAAGCAUUCAUAAAUUAUGAAUCGACUGCUCCAGAAGAUCUUUUAAAUUUAAAUACAGACGAAGCAAUCAAUAGACUGUCUGAUUCAGGCAGAUCGUCAAAAAAGAAGGCAACAAUACAAUAUAAUACAUUCUAAAAUAAAUUAUUGUUUUUUCUGUGAAUGUUUUUCUCUUUAAAACUGUCUUCGUUGAUUAAAAUUAUGGGAGAAUAUAUUAAUAAUUGAUGUCCCCAAUAUAUAAAAUAUUGUAUUAUUAAUCUUGUCAAUAAAGAAUUGCAAGCAAAA